AUGUCUCAAUCUAGAGACAAUUCUCCAAAGCACAAUGAUCCUGAUGCGAUGGCUGCGCAAUUGCUAGCGCAGUUCCAGAGAUCAUCCUCUAACAUGACUCCCAUAAUUCAGCCUAAGGGCUCCGAAGAUGCCCUUCAACCAGUGCAACAGAUCACUGGAAACUCAGAAACAUCCACAAUGUCUUUUGAGAUCAUUGUCCCAGUGGUUAAUAACCCUGAGGACUAUGAGUAUUUGCCUGGCCACUUUGAAGUUCGCCGUAUUCUUGCAGUCGAUAUGCACGAGCCAAAGCUCAUUGUGAGACUCAAAAGUGGUGAACGUCAAACCGUGACCAUUGAUAAAUUGAAAAGCCUGAAGAACGGACCAGAGGCUUUACGUGAAUUUAAUCGUGACUCACAGAGCCCCGAUCCUCUGGCAAUGGGCCACGAACCCGUUUCACAUCUCAUUUACUCGGGUGGAGAUGGUUCAGCAGAUUACGACUCAGAUAUGGAUUGGGGAAUUGCACGACGACGCCAACGGCGUGGACCGUCAAUCUCAUACGAUCAUUUCUUUCGCAGUGGCGAUGAAGCCGAUAACGACGACGAUCAAAGCCGCGAUGAUACCAGUAGCGUGCACACUGAAGACUCAGAGGAGUCCAGUGAUGAAGAUGACAAUGAUCCUUCAACCAGACGCCGCCACCUGAGGAGAGGUGUACAGAAGAAGAGCCGAAAGCAACGUACUCGCGAAUGGUCUGAAGAAUCUUCUGCCUCCGACACAGGAAAACGAGCAUCAUCUCGCCUACGACAGACCCGUCGACGCAAUAUGAAAGAGAAACUUGAAGAUGACGAAUAUUCCGAGCGUGAAGUUGAACAGCCUAAGCAACAAAAGUUCUCAGGUGCGAGGGAACAGUUCCGUGAACUACCACAUGACAAUGACUUCAGACUGUUCCACUCCCAGUCAUGUGCUCAAUGCGGCCAUGAAGAUCAUGACCCCGAAAAAGGAUCUUUGGUAUUCUGUCAAGGUUGUACAGUAUCAUACCAUCAAGGUUGUCUUGGUGAUCGAAGCACCCGAAAGCAUUUGGUCACCAAGGUUGCCGAAGGGGAUUUCAUUCUUCAAUGCAGCCGGUGUUUGGGGAUCAAGCAUCAAGAGCACGAUGUAAAGCCUCACCUGGGCCACUGUGCUGUGUGCAGAGACGCGGGACCCAUGUCGCAACCUUUGCGAGAGACUCUUUCUUCCCAGACCGAGCAACAGUUGCGGGAAGCCAAUGAUGGCAUAGAUCCGAUAACCCACGUGGAGAUGUCCCGUGUCAACAAUAUUGACAAUGUCCUCCUCCGGUGUCUUGGUGGUAGUCGUGCCUGCAAGCGAGCCUUUCAUAUUCAUCAUCUUUCAGAGAAAGAUUGUGUCGACAUCGAUCUUGUUUCCUGGCAAUGCAACGAGUGCUCUGAAUCUCCUCCUGGCGCCAACCCAAUCCAUGUGAUCGUUGCUUGGAGACCAAAGACUUCCGAAGUCAAAGUCGUUCCGCAGUUGGUCGAAAUGCUCCCAGAGAUCGACAAAGAAUACCUUAUCAAGUGGAACAACAUGUCCUAUUUCCGUGUGACCUGGGUGACUGGAGAUUGGGUUUGGUCCAAGUCUCCCGCCAGUCAGAUGAAGGCGUUCCUCAAGUCAGACAGAUCCACAAAGCCGAUCAUGACUACGGCAGAAGCUGUUCCCGAAGACAACCUGCGAGUGGACAUCAUCUUUGAUGUGGAAUAUCACGACGAGCCCGAAUCUCAAGAUGAUCGAGCAAACGGCGGUCUGGUUAAGCGGGCGUAUGUCAAAUACAAAGGUUUGCCCUACGAAGACUCAGUCUGGGAAGAUCCCCCAAGUCAGAUCGACACAGCUCGCUGGGAGGAUUUCCAGGUUGCUCUUAUUGACAGGGUGCUCCGGGAGAAUAUCCACCCCCCAAGGGCGAAGGAGCUCCAGACCCGUCUCAGCCAUGCCCGCAGAGAGGAGUUCGACGAGAGCCUUAUGCUGACCGCUCAGCCUUCUUUGGUGACCGGGGGCGAGCUAAUGGAGUAUCAGAUGGAUGGUGUGAACUGGUUGCUUUACAUGUUUUUCCAGCAAAAGAACGCCAUUCUUGCUGACGAUAUGGGCCUCGGAAAGACAAUCCAGGUCAUCACCAUGUUCUCAGCAUUGAUCGAAAAGCUGAAUUGUUUCCCUUUCUUGGUUGUUGUUCCGAAUGCGACUGUGCCAAACUGGCGCCGAGAAAUCAAGAGCUGGUCGCCGGACGUCCGGGUUGUCACGUAUUAUGGCAGUGCCUUGGCUCGCGAGAUGACCAGGAAGUAUGAGAUGUUCCACGAGAACGGUACUCUAUGUUGUCAUGUAGUCAUCGCUUCGUACGAAAGCAUGGCCGAUGAUGGGGCCAAGCGCGUCUUGUCCAGUGUCAAUUGGGCCGGCUUGGUGGUUGAUGAAGGUCAGCGCCUCAAGAAUGACAAGACACAGCUCUAUGAGCGUCUUCGUCGCAUGAAAUUCGGUUUCAAGUUGUUGCUCACUGGCACGCCGCUUCAAAACAAUAUCAGAGAACUGUUCAACCUGGUCCAGUUCAUCGACGCAACUUACAGUGCUGAGAAAUUGGAGGCCCAAUACGGAGGAUACCUCGACAAUGAACAAAUUAGCGAGCUCCAUGACAUGAUUCGGCCAUGUCUCCUGCGUCGAACGAAGGCAGAGGUUCUGCCAUUCCUCCCCCCGAUGGUGCAGAUCAUCAUCCCAAUCUCGAUGUCCGUUGUGCAGAAGAAGCUAUACAAAUCAAUUCUUCAAAAGAACCCGCAGCUUAUCAAAGCCAUUUGCAAAAAGCAAACUGGGCCGCUGAAGAAAACGGAGCGGCAUAACCUAAACAAUAUCCUGAUGCAACUGCGGAAGUGUCUUUGUCACCCGUUCAUUUACAACCGGGACAUUGAAGAGCAAACUCUCGACCCCGAACUUUCUCAUCAGCGUUUGGUCGAAGCAUCCGGGAAGCUUCAGUUGCUGAACCUGAUGCUACCGCGACUUCGGGAGCGUGGACACCGGGUCCUCAUCUUUAGUCAAUUUUUAGAGAACCUCACCAUUGUUGAAGACUUCCUCACCGGGCUGGGACUCCAGUACUGUCGUCUGGAUGGCAAGUUGUCCUCAAGAGAGAAACAGCAACAAAUCGAUCAGUUCAACGCGCCGGAUUCUCCGUUUUUUGCCUUCUUGCUUUCGACGCGGUCGGGUGGUGUUGGAAUUAAUCUUGCCACUGCCGAUACAGUCAUCAUCAUGGAUCCGGAUUUCAAUCCAAAGCAGGAUAUGCAGGCUCUGUCGCGUGCCCAUCGAAUCGGGCAAAAGAAUACAGUUCUCGUGUUUCACCUGGUAGUGCGCGCGUCAGUGGAAGAAAAAAUCAUGCAAAAGGGUAAAACCAAGAUGGCGCUCGACCAUGUACUUAUCGAUCGCAUCGAGGCCGACCAGGAUGAAGAAGACUUAGAGUCAAUCCUCAAGCACGGUGCCCAGGCAUUGUUCAAUGACGAUGACUCGGCGGACAUUACAUAUGACAGCCAGUCGAUUGACAAGUUGUUGGACCGUAGCCAGGCCGAACAGGCUGAGCAAAUGGCCAGCGAGGAAACUUCCAACCAGAAUGAGCCGCAGUUCAAUUUCGCCCGGGUGUGGCAAAAGGAUCGCGAUAGCCUCGAGGAAGUGAUCGAGACUGAAGACGCACCUGUAGAUCUGACGGCGUGGGAGAAGAUUCUGCAGGAGCGUGAGCGUGAAGCACAAGAGGAGGCCAACCGUCAAGCGGAAGGUCUUGGUCGCGGUAAAAGAAAGCGUGGUGCACCCCGUUACAAUACCAAUAUUGAAGGAGUCGACGACGAUGAGAAUCCUAGUCCCAUUCGACAGCCGCAUACCAAGAUGCGAAAGAGUACCGACGAUAACGACUAUGAGUUCCAACAGCCAGAGGACGAUGGCGAGGAAAGUGAAUACGACGCCGGCGCCGUAGCUGAGCCAAUGGACAUUGCAGAUGAUGGCGACACGACUCUGUCCGAUCCCACGGUUGAUCCAAAUGAAGUUCCAAAUCCUCUCGCUCUUGCACGUAUCGCGGAGGCAGAGCAGCGAGCCGCACGCGGAUUCCGCCGCGUUGAUUCGCCGCCCCCACCACCAAUGGGCACCUUCGACGGCGCCCAAGAUGAUCUCCCAUCUUGUGUGGCGUGCCAACACCGCCACAUCCCGGGGCGUUGCCCGCUCCGUCACGCCGGUGUCGAGUUCUGCGGCCUGUGCGGCCUGGCGCACUGGGGGGGCCGCCGGGCCUGCCCCCACCUGCAGUCCAGGCUGCAGGUCCGCCGCAUGCUCGAGGCUCUGGAGAAGAGCGGAGAGGCCCCCGCCCUCAUCAUGGCGGCGAAGAGAUACCUACAGGGUAUCUUAAAGUCGGUCGCGCGCAGUGAGCGCGACCGCAAGAAGGCCUCUCUCGGGGCUCCAGUGGAGCCUCAGAUUUCCCUCACCUCGCCCUCACUGGGCGGGGUGAGCACCGCCUCUGUCAUUGAUUUGACAGAGGCGGGUGCUGAGUCGUAA